UGGCUGAAGCGCAGCGUCGCCACCAGCGGACCAAUCAGCGUGGGCCACGGUGAGAUUUUUCGAUCUACUUUUGUGGCAGACGCAGCGGCAGCAGUCUGUUUGUGUUGCUAACUGGGGAGACGAGCAGAGAGUAGCUAAAACCAUGAGACCGCUUUUACUUGGAGUGUUGGGCUGCUCCCUGGUCCUGUCUGUCCAAGCCUUUUACUCAGCUAGUGAUGAUGUUGUUGAGCUCACCCCCUCCAACUUCAACAGGGAGGUGAUCCAAAGUGACAGUCUGUGGCUGAUUGAGUUUUACGCUCCCUGGUGUGGACACUGUCAAAAUCUGACUCCAGAUUGGAAGAAGGCUGCUACUGCCCUCAAGGGUAUUGUCAAGAUCGGUGCAGUAGAUGCAGACCAGCACAAGUCACUGGGUGGUCAGUAUGGCGUCAGAGGUUUCCCCACCAUCAAGGUCUUUGGAGCCAAUAAGAACAAGCCAGAGGAGUACCAAGGCGGACGCAGUAGCCAGGCCAUCGUGGACGGAGCCAUGGACGCUUUGCGCUCUCUGGUGAAAGAGAGGCUGAGCGGCAAGUCUGGCGGCUCUGGCUACAGCAAACAGCAGAGCGGCGGAGGCAGUAAAAAGGAUGUGGUCGAGCUCACUGAUGACAACUUUGACAAGAUGGUGCUGGAGAGUGAUGACGUGUGGAUGGUGGAGUUCUUCGCACCCUGGUGUGGACACUGCAAGAACCUGGAGCCUGAGUGGGCAGCUGCAGCCACAGCUGUAAAGGAGCAGACCAAGGGCAAAGUUCGCCUCGGAGCUGUAGAUGCUACUGUGCAUCAGACUGUGUCCAGCCGCUACGGGAUCCGUGGAUUUCCCACCAUCAAGAUUUUCCGCAAAGGCGAGGAGCCUGAAGACUACCAAGGAGGCCGCUCCCGUGGUGACAUCAUUGAGAGGGGUUUGGAUCUGUUUUCUGACCACGCCCCUUCUCCUGAACUGCUGGAGAUCCUCAAUGAAGACAUCUUGAAGAAGACCUGUGAGGACAGUCAGUUGUGCAUAAUUGCUGUCCUGCCACACAUCCUGGACACAGGCGCAGCAGGUAGGAACGGCUACCUGGAGGUGAUGAUGAAGAUGUCUGAGAAGUACAAAAAGAAGAUGUGGGGCUGGCUGUGGACUGAGGCUGGAGCUCAGAUGGAGCUGGAGGCCUCUCUGGGUAUUGGUGGAUUUGGCUACCCUGCCAUGGCCGCCAUCAACACACGCAAGAUGAAAUUUGCUCUGCUCAGAGGUUCCUUCAGUGAGACUGGCAUUCAUGAGUUCCUCAGGGAGCUUUCUGUGGGCCGUGGCUCAACUGCCACAUUUGGAGGUGGCGCCAUGCCCAAGAUUCACUCUGUUGAGCCCUGGGACGGCAAAGACGGACAGCUUCCUGUGGAGGAGGACUACGACCUCAGUGAUGUAGACCUGGACGACGACUUUGAUAAGGAUGAGUUAUGAGCCCAAAGGGGCAGGAUCUAAUCCAGAUUGGCUUGGUUGGAUCUGGUCUGGUCUGGUCCUGCGCGACCCACCUCCCCUCUCCUGUGGACGAAUAGAAGGCCCGGUCGCCCAGUUACUGAAAUACUCCAGAAAAGACACACGAGAGACACCUGCAGUUUCUCACAUCAUCUUUGUCAGUCACACAAGGACAGGAGGGUGGGGGGCGUGUGUCGUGUCCCUGGAGUGAACUCGGCCUCACAUACCUGCUGAACUAGAAGCUGCAUAUUUAUACAGCCCCUGCCAGCUGAGGAGAGGAGGGAGGAGGUUCUGAAUGUGGCAUUUCUGUUGUUCAGUCUUUUUCAAACAUUGUUCCCCUCUCCACUCUUCAGCUCGAGCACCUAUUUUAAGAUGUGGACUUGUCAAAGUAACACUUCAAUGUCCAACCUGAUGUGACUAUAUAUAAAACAAAGUUUUUCUUUUUUUUUUUCUCUUUUUAAACCAGUAAGUGUGAAUCUUGGUGGGUUUGCAUCAUGUCCAGGACAAGGGGAUACUGUGGGACUUCUUGUGUAGAUUUUUCUUACACGACUUUAUUUCAAUUGUGUGAAAACAAAACAUUUUUGUUACAAAAAUAAAAAGGAAUAAAAACAA